GUUGACUUGAGUUACGAGCACUUAGACAGCAACCAAAACCGGUGCUCGGAUGGUACCGGCCCGGAAUUUGGUUCUUAUCACCAACAGUACUGGUUGGAUGGACGUGAAUUGAUCGCCAUUGGUGUGAUCGAUUUGCUUCCGCAAUGCCUUUCCUCUGUCUAUCUGAUCUACGAUCCGGAUUAUGCGUUCUUACACUUGGGUACCUAUUCCGCUUUAAGGUACGUGCAGUAUAUUGGUUGCUCAACUAGAACUCUUGUCAGCUUUGAUCCAUUUGACCAUUGUUCACCAGCUUUUGUAUUCGUGGACAGUCAGAUAAUACGGCUGAAACGACCCCCCCCGCCGCCCAUAGUCACGACGACCUGCUGUUCAACCAUGGAAACCGGCAGCUUAAGCUCCGGGACUUAUAUUGGAGAACCGCGUCUUACUGAGCUGGACGACAGCGAAACUGCCUACCACCAACAGUCUAAAUAG